GUUGUUCACUGUGUAAAAUAUAAAAAAAAACACAACUCCUGUUCUUGCUGUACGUCUUGAGUUGUUGCAGGAAGUACAGUCUUUGCUGGGCUUUCUGCGCUACAGUUUGUACCUCCAACAGGUUUUGAAAAAGGGUUGUCCGGAUUGUGCCUGCUGAUAAUCCAGGGGUAUUAUACCAAGAUUGUCAAUUUAUUUAUUGUCUGCCCCUGUUUAUAAUAGGGGUGGACUUUCAGAAGAGCAACACAAUGAAAAACAAAAUCAGAUUGUUUUUAGUAACGCAGUAAAUAAACAGAAAAAAACUCUUACAACCAGCUAAAGCACAUUGUUUAAACUAUAGUCAUGAAAAUAUCUGGCAGUGACUGACGGUUGACAGGUUAGAAUUUGAUGGUAAAUUAAAGGAAACUUUUGAGGUGCUUUAAAUGCUAAAGGAUGUGGGUUUCAUUUGACCAUCUCUAAUUAAAAUCUUGGAUAUUUAAUUGAUCGAGCUUUACUAUUUUGUUUUAUGCUAAGCAAACUUUCUUGAAAACACAAUUUAACAUGUACGAGGGCUCAAUUGUAGUGAGAAAACAAAAAAACUGGAUUUUCUGUGCUGUUGUGGCGUCAUCUAAUCAACUUUGUGUCGUAUUUCUAAUUAAUUUUGACAAAUAGCUUUGCCUGCUAAAUGAGUGUUGACAGAGGGAGCGGUGGCGCGGACAGUGGUCCCUCUUUCAUGCUAGCACCGCCCAUGCCUUCAGCAACGAGUCUUCCCCAUCACUUUGCCUGCUGCAGCAUCUCUGCACUGCUGUGGCUCACCCCACCCCCACCCGCUCUGACGUCACUUCUGACACCUCCGAUCGGAGGUGUGUCCAGCAGAAAUCCCGCUGCCAGUCCACGGAUGUAGCUGCGGCUCUGAGCGAGACCGAGAAGCAGGGAGGGAGGAAGAGUUUGGACGCACUGCGGAGGGGAGUGCAGCCAUGGGGAACGCGCAGGAGAAACCCUCCGGCAGCGGCGGAGGAGCGACGCCGAGGCGGGACAACCCGCGGACUCACGGAGCUCCCGGAAAGGAGGUCGCCAACGGCGCUCCGAGAGAAAACAGCCCGGCAGGUGGGGAAGAGGAGCCGCAGCAGCAGCAGCCGGACAGCUCCGGGGUGGAUAGGAGUUACCUGGAUGCUCCGGCCGGAGCUUUGCCUCCUCACCUGGCCCGGCUGAAGAAUGAGGGGAACUACCUCUUUAAAAACGGCCAGUUUGGAGACGCGCUGGAGAAGUACACCCAGGCUAUAGAUGGAUGCUCUGAGGCAGGCAUUGACAGUCCAGGAGAUCUGAGUAUCCUCUACUCCAACAGAGCUGCCUGCAACCUGAAGGACGGAAACAGCGGCGACUGCAUUCAAGACUGCAACAAGGCCUUAGAGCUGCAGCCCUUCUCCUUGAAGCCGUUGCUGCGCAGAGCCAUGGCCCAUGAGUCACUGGAGCACUACAGGAAGGCCUACGUGGAUUACAAGACGGUGCUGCAGAUCGACACCGGAGUGCAGGCGGCUCAUGACAGCGUCCACAGGAUCACAAAGGUGCUGAUCGAGCAGGACGGGCCUGGAUGGAGAGAAGCGCUUCCUGAGAUUCCUGUCGUCCCGCUGGCCGUCCAGCAGCAGCACAGAGAGAAACCAGUCAGCGUCGAGGCGGCGCAGGCGCGAGCCGCCAGGGCCGCGCAGGAGGAAGCCAGAAGAAAAGAGGCUCGCUUUACUUUACUCAAACACGAAGGCAACAGUCUGGUGAAGAAGGGCCUCUUCCAGGAGGCUCUGGAGAAGUACACUGAGUGUCUCUCGGUGAAACCUGAUGAAUGUGCUGUUUACACAAACAGAGCCAUUUGUUUCCUGAAGCUGAAUCGGUACGAAGAGGCCAAGCAGGACUGCGACUCGGCGCUGCAGCUGGAUCCAGCCAAUAAGAAAGCCUAUUACAGACGGGCCCUGGCCUUUAAGGGCCUACAGGAUUACCUGUCGGCCAGCCGCGACCUGCAGGAGGUCCUCCAGCUGGACCCCAAAGUCCACGAGGCCGAGCAGGAGCUGGAGGAGGUGACGAGUCUGCUGAGGCAAAGCUUGAUAAACAGAGCUGAUCACACAUGAGGUGGAAGAGCAGAAUGAAUCUUAACGGCACUAACACAGCACCACAUAUUCAGAGAAGGCUGUGUGUAAUGGAUAGAAAUAUUGCACAUUAUACAACAAGCAAAACAAACAACAACAAAAAAUCUUAAGAUUUGAUGAAUUCCUGCAGGCGUGGCGAUGCUUCAUUGUUCACAGGGGGAGACAGAGGCGUGUUAAAGGUUGGGUUCUUCACCUAGAUUUCUCUGUUUUCUGUAUUUUCAUGAGCAAGUAGAGGAUGAACUGGUUCUCAACUCAACAUUUCAUUAAAAUAAGCGGUAGAUUUAUGUUCUCAUUGCUAAAGUAAUAAAAGAAAGAUUCACUGUUCAGUACAGAUAAACUUUUACCACAGACAAGUUCUUACUAUCAUUAAGAUCAUGUUUAUUUCCCAAAAUGACUUCUAUUUGCUGAAUGCCAGAAUAACCAAAGAUACGUUUUUUUUUAACUUGAGUUUACAUAAAUUUCCUUGUAUUUGCUAAAAUGACCUCGUACUGUAGUUGGGUGUCCCUUUACAAGCUUCUCUCAAUGGUUUUGGGACAUUCUGGCCCAGUCCUCCUGACAGAACCGGUGGAACCGGAGUCAGGUUUGUAGGCCAUCUUGUCCCUUUCUUACUCAGAUUUUCAGCUCUAUUCACAAAGUUUGUAUGAGUCUGAUACCAGAGCUUUGUUGUGGUUCCUUCACAAUGUUGACUUUGUUGUCCUUGAGCCACAUUGUAACCAAUUUCACUGCAUGAUUCAGGUCACUGCCUGUUGCAAAGCUACCUAAAGUUUUAACAAUAAAGUAGAUGUUUUGAGAUGUUGGUUUAAUGUUUCAACAUAAUUUGUGACGUGCAAAGCAGCCUCAUAAAUAAAUCAAUACUGCUACCCCAAACUUAACAUUUGGGAUGGUUUUCUCAUGCUCUUUUCCAAAAUAUAAUCUGGUUUCUAUGUCUUGGUUUUGGAGAAAUGGCUUCUUGUUUCAUUUCAAAUCAGUAAAGUUGUAAUUUCACUGCGGAUGCAACAACUUACAAGAUAUUUUGGUUUUGUUCUGGGGUGAAUUUAUUCAUCUCUGCGACACAGAACUCGUCUUCUUCCUGAGCUGUAUGAUCACUCAAUGUUUCUAUUGUAUUUACACUUGCAAUCACUUAUAACUUAUGACAUCUAGAACAAACAGACUCAGAAGAUGCCUUUUUGAAAAGUCCUACUCUGUCAUAGAAACUUAUAUUUAUGUUGCUAAAGCGGGAACUUAAACCUCCUAGCUCUAAUGUGAUUUUUAUUUCAUUAUAAAGAAUUUAUUUCCUAGCUCUGGCAACUAAAUGCUUCAAUUGUGAACUUCUGAGUUUGAAGAAAGUAUUACAAAACAAUCUAAAAGUUUCUCAUCUUCUGGCAUUUAGUGAGUAAAAAUAAUUUUAAUAUGCCAAAUUCCCUAAAAUGCUAAAAGUUUGAUCUGAUUUAAUCACACAGACAAAUUCAAGUCAAUUACGUACAUUCCAGUUCAAUCCUAACUAUUAAAUACUGCAGUUUAUUAGCUCAGUUUAUUAUUCAAACCAGUAAAGUUUUCUAUUAAGCGAAAGUUGAAAUACAGCAAAUGAUGCAAAAUUGGAGAGUAGGAGGAAAAUGUUGCAGUGAAGUAAAAAUGGUCAGUUUGUCUUCCAGCAGCCUAAAGCUUAAAGCAGCAAAACUACAGACAGCUCAGGAUAACUGCAAGCUUUAUCAAAAGCUCUAAACCUCGUUUUAAAAGUAGACGCGGUGUCUUCCUCCUACUUUUUAAAACUCCAGGAAACCUGCAAAAAAAAAAAAAAACCCCGAAGAGAUCUCUGAUCUACACAAUGUAGCUUGAUCAUUAGGAGCUUUAUAUGUGACAAAUCCCAGCUAGGAAGUCAGCUUUCGUUUUUAUUCUGGUAGAGAGAGCAGCCAUAUUUCAUUCAUCAGCGGUGC